CUGACCCCGCCCGCCCUGGCGCUGAGCACGGCGCGGCUAUGCCAGCCCUCGCUGCCCUGCCAGCCCUGCCUGCGGGUGCGUCUGGCCGUCCCGGCCGCAGGAAUCCACGGGCUGCAGCUCGACUUCCUGGAGCUUGGCUCUAACCGGGCCGGCUGGCUGCAGGUGUGGCAGCGGCACCAGGCACCAGGCGAUGCACCGUGGCAGGUUCAGUUCGACUGCUUCCCGGUGGAAGGUGGGCGGCGGGUCCUGGUCACCCUGCAUACCAUCCCUGACAGAGGCCUGGCCAUCAGCCGCAGCCACGUGGUUGCCAUCGAGCUGCAGGGGCCCAUCUUCACCUACACCUGGCUCCCUGAAGUGCGGGCCAUUGAGGUGGCCGUGCCUGAGGGCCCUGCGCUGGUGGUGCGGCUGUGCCAUCAGCUGGCCUUGGAGUGUGAGGAACUGCCACAGCCCUUCCACCGCAAGCUCCUGGUGCCGGGUGGCCACCACGUCUCGCUGCCAUAUGAGUUCCUGGUGCCAUGCCUUUGUGUUGAGGCCUCCUAUCCACACCAUGACAGCCUGCGCAGCAAGCGCUGCCCAUUCCGAGAGCGGCCGGACGCCUAUGUCCCUGACUUGUGGUCUUCGGUGCACUUCCAUGACUACAGCAGCAAGGACCAGAUGGCCAUGGUGCUGAGUGCCAGCUGUCCCCUGCAUCCCCGGGCCACCCUGUGCUGGAGGGAGGCGGCAGCUGAAGCUGCACCAUGCCACAAUGUCCCUAACUCCACAGCAAGUGAGGAGGAUCAGGUGUACACACUGGACAGCGUGGAUGUGCACCCCCUGCUCUGCUUCAGGUUCUCCUAUGGGAACAGCAGCCACGUGGAGUGCCCCCACCGCACAGACACUGCUUGGAACGUGUCCCUGAGUGCCCGGGGACUGCAGCUCCGCCUGUGCCUCACCUCCCGUGUCCCCGCGUCCUUCAGCGCAGCACUGUGCCAGCGCCGGGGCGGGCGCUGUGAGCCCGAGGCUCCCGUCUACACCGUCACGCGGCCGGAGAGCUCUGCUCCAGGGGAGCUGGCGCUCUUGCUGCCGGUGCAGGUCCUGGGCAGCUGCGUGUUGGUCUGGCGCUCAGAUGUGCGCUUCGCCCGCAAGCAGCUGCUCUGUCCCGAUGUCUCACACAGGCACUUUGGGCUGCUGGGGCUGGCGCUGGCACUGGGGCUGGUGGUGACCGUGCUGCUUCUGAACUGCCGCAGCACCUGGAAGAUGCCUAAUGGUGAGGCAGCACGUGGCCGCCCGGUGCUGCUGCUGUACUCUCCUGACUCGGAGGAGCACCUGGCACUGGUGUGCGCCCUGGCCGAGCUGCUGCGCGUGGGGCUGGGUUGCGAGGUGCGCCUGGACCUGUGGGAAGCGGGCGGCGUGGGGCAGGCGGGGGCCCUUCCCUGGCUCUACGCACAGCGCAGCCACGGAGAUGACAAGGGGAUUAUGUAG